CGAAUGUCCUCUGUUUCAUGGGGAACAAAUUUUCAUGCCCACCUACUUUUGCUUGGCUUGUCGAAAGAUUCGAGAACCGGUGUUGUUUGAUAGGAAUCUACUCGACGGAAGUCGUGUUUUCUCUCUACUCAUGUUAUUAACGCAAGCCAGAAAAGAAGAUAAGCCAGUUACUGCAGCAAAACAAGUGAGCCGUAUAUAAUAUAGUUCAAUGACAAGUCUGAGUUAGUUAGUAGUAACAGACGUCUGCUGUGCUGGUCCUUCCCAAGUACAUGGUCUUAUACUCUUAUAGGGUAGUUGUUUUUGGUUAAGGUUUGGAUCAUAAUUGCGGAGAAUGCAAAAGCAAUGUGAGAGCCUUUUCAUGAGAGAAUUUGCAUUGUUUCUUAGUAUUUUGACUCAUAAAAUGCUGAAGCUAAUUUGAAAUAUUCAGUGAUAUGUUUUUGUGGUUCCUGAGCCUUAUAUCUUAGCUUCAGCUACAUCUACAUAAUUAUCAGGUUUGAUCACC